AGUAGCUCGUGAGCAUGCAGAAUUUCUCGGGGAGAUACUCGUCACCAUUUGCGGAGGAAUUGUCUCGGAGUUAGCGGAUUAACAUGGCAAUAUCACCGAAGAGAAAUCCCGUGGAGAAGGCUAACUGCAUCAGCAAACUCUUCUUUUGGUGGACCCUAGAUUUAUUCCGGAGAGGUGCUAAAUAUGGUCUACAGCCAGAAGAUCUCUACGACCCCCCGAGCGCCGACGAAUCCGAAAAACUCGCGAAUCGACUGGAGUCCGAGUGGCUGAUGGAGCUCCAAAAACUGAAGCACAUGGAGUACAAAAUCGACGACGAUGGGAAUAAAAUAACGAAAUCACCGAGGCCAAGUCUCACGAGGGCGAUAAUACGAACGUUCUGGCCGGGUCUCGUUCGCGACACUAUCCUCCUGCUAUUUUCCGUGGUAGUAUUGAGAUCGGUGCAACCGAUGUUUCAGAGUUUAGUCAUCAGUUAUUUCGGGACUAAUACGGGGGGCCCAACGAGGGAUGAAGCUCUUCUCUGGGCCCUCGGGCUGGUCCUCACGACGGUUGGGGUAACAUUCAUCACACAUCAUACUAAUCUCACUACACAACGAAUUGGCAUGCAGGUCAGGGUUGCAUGCUCCUCCCUCAUCUAUAGGAAGAGCCUGAGACUGAGUAAAGCAUCGCUGAAUAAGACAACACCAGGACAAGUAGUAAAUAUUCUAAGUAAUGACGUCAGCCGUUUCGAUAUGCUCCCUGUGUUCCUUCCCCAUCUGAUCAUCAUGCCAAUACAGAUCAUCGUAAUUGGUGCUAUAAUGUGGACCAGAAUAGGAAUAUCAACAUUAGUUGGCGUCGCUACCCUCCUGAUAAUGACAGUUCCCCUUCAAGUACUAAUUUCCAAACAAGGUGGACAGUUGAGAGCCAAAAUUGCGAGACUGACGGAUAGACGAGUGCAACUAAUGAAUGAAUUGAUCUCAGGAAUUCAAGUGAUAAAAACCUACGCCUGGGAGAAACCAUUCAACAAAAUCGUGUCCCUGACCAGAAGGGCUGAAGUGAAAGACAUAACGUCUUCCUCGUCCUUGAAAGCACUGUACUUGGGCCUGAUUGUGAUUACAGAGCGAACGACUCUGUUUACCGCGAUCGUGUCAUUUGUCCUGCUGAAGAAUACCAUGUCAGCCGAAAUAACGUUCCAGUUGGCCACUUAUUUCAAUGCCUUCCAGCUCGCUUGCGCUAUAUCCUUUCCGCAAGCCUUGAUUAUGGGAGACGAAGCUCUCAUCUCCAUACGGAGACUCGAGAAAUUUCUGCUCUUGGAGGAGAUUGAAUACCCAUCAGGGGACUCUAAACCGAGCAAACACACAUCCCCCAAGUCAAUAGCUCCUCCGAAAGCCGCUGUGACCGUUGACUUGCACCAGGUGUCAGCGAACUGGGAGACUGGCCAACUGCCCCCAACUCUGUGCAAUGUGUCCAUGAAAAUCGAGGGUGGAAAAUUGUGCACAUUAGUGGGGCACGUCGGCUCGGGAAAAUCGUCCCUUUUGAAUCUGUUACUGAACGAACUGCCGGUCGGGGCCGGCACUGCCCGAUUGUCCCAGUACGGCGACCCCGAUUCCACGGAUCAUGCUACUCGCGGAUUCAUCAAGGACAAUCACGACAUGAAAAUUUCGUUCGCCAGUCAGGACGCCUGGCUGUUCUUCGGUACUUUGAGGGAGAAUAUUCUUUUCGGGCAGCCGUAUGAUAGCCUGAGGUAUCAGGAAGUGACGAGAGUCUGUUCAUUAGUCCGCGACUUCAAACAACUGCCCGACGGUGACAUGACAGUCGUGGGUGAACGUGGAAUGUCCCUGUCCGGGGGUCAACGAGCCCGGGUGAACCUAGCCCGAGCGAUUUAUCGCCAGGCUGAUCUCUACCUCCUUGACGAUCCCCUGAGCGCUGUUGACGCUCGGGUGGCUCGUCGUCUCUUCAAGGACUGCAUCGUGGGAUUUCUGAAGGGAAAAACUCGAAUUCUCGUGACCCAUCAACUACACUUUCUCCAGCAAGCGGACGUCAUUGUUGUCCUGGAGAAGGGUACAGUAAAAUGCCAGGGGGCGUUCGACGAACUGUCGACUUCCAAUGAAGACUUCAACCAAGUGCUGAGCCAAAUACAAAAAAAAGAAGCCGAGAAGCCGGUUAACGAAGAAGAACCUGAUGGUCACACUGAGGGUUUUGCCGCCCAAAGGCUGGAACUUCCCUCCAUCACUCACAUUCGGGAAGAAAUCGGGGGACGCAGACGGAGACCAUCACAACUGAGCUCAGGGAAAUCAUCGAUAAGAUCAGUCGAAAGUUUUGCAUAUGACGACGAGGCGGCAGCGGCGCAGGCAGACGACAACAGGAAGGCUGCAGCUGAAGUCAUGACCUCGGGCGGAUUAUCAUGGAGCGUUUACACUCGUUAUUUCCGAGCUGGAAGUACAAUCUGCGCACUAAUAGCACUCACCCUGUUAUUCAUCCUGGGACAGGUUGCAACCAGCGGUGUAGACUACUGGAUUACCUACUGGACAAAUGUAGAAGUCAUCAGAAAGGCUCUCGAUGAUGUGAGUGGAGACUACUCAGCGAUCAGGCCAGAUUACUUGAAGUACUUCAAUGACUCAGUGUGGAGUCAAUUUUCCUUGCUGGACGAUGACGGACUUCUUGUCACGGAGUACUCCAUAUAUAUCUACACCUUCUGCAUUGCAUGCUGCAUUAUAUUUGUCAUGUUGAGGAGCAUCCUGUUUAUUGGAGUAUGCAUGAAGAGCAGCAGACGAUUGCAUGGGGUCAUGUUUGCGAAUGUCCUCGGGGCACCCAUGUUUUUUUUCAAUACCAAUUCUUCUGGACGUAUUCUCAACCGAUUUUCAAAAGACAUCGGGGCCAUCGACGAAUUGCUCCCCAAAGCUAUGUUGGAAUGCCUGCAAAUAUUUUGCGUGUUGAUCAGCAUCUUAAUAAUGAUCAUAGUCGUCAAUUACUGGAUGAUAAUUCCAACUGUCAUUGUGGCAAUUCUAUUCUACUUUCUCCGGCAUUAUUUCAUGGAUUCAGCGCAGGAUAUCAAGAGAAUUGAAGGCAUUACUAAGAGUCCGGUGUUUUCUCACGUGGCUACAACCAUGAACGGACUGUCGACUAUCAGAAGUCGUGGGGCGGAAGUCCAAGUGAUGCUGCGGAAGGAGUUCGAUAAGUACCAGGAUAAACAUACGGCCUCGUGGUACCUCAUAUUGGCAAUGCAAUCUGCUUUUGGACUCGUUCUCGAUCUAGUAUCCUGUCUGUUCAUCGCAUGCGUGUGCUAUUCACUCAUUCUCAUGGAUGACGGAAAUACCUUGAGUGGAUCAGUUGGUCUCGCAAUCUCUCAGUCUCUAAUCCUCACUGGGAUGCUUCAGUACGGUGUGAGACAGAGCACAGAAGUCCAGUCCCAGAUGACUGCAGUGGAGCGGGUUCUGGAGUACAGCGAUCUUCCUCAAGAGGAGUCCGAAGAUUCCGCCAGUCCAUCGCCCCCGAAUUGGCCAUCAAGCGGGAGAAUUCAAUUCAAAAAUGUUUUCAUGAGUUACAAGAAGGAUGAUACGCCCGUCCUAAAGAAUCUCAACAUGACAAUUGAGCCUGGCUGGAAGGUGGGGGUCGUCGGUCGCACAGGAGCUGGAAAAUCCUCCCUGAUUCAGGCCCUAUUCCGACUAACUGGGGACGGACUGCAGGGGGAGAUCUUGAUCGACGAGAGGGACACCAAAACCAUCAGUCUCCACCAUCUCCGCUCUAACAUUUCAAUCAUUCCGCAAGAGCCAGUUCUCUUCUCCGAGAGUUUGAGGUACAAUCUGGAUCCCUUCGAGACGUACCCUGACGAUGCACUCUGGAGGGUUCUCAACGAGGUUGAGCUCAAUGGAGUGAUGCUGGAUCAAAUGGUGACUGAGGGGGGAACCAACUUCAGUGUUGGACAGAGACAACUCAUUUGCUUGGCGAGAGCUAUUCUGAGGAAUACUCGGAUUCUUGUGCUUGAUGAAGCAACUGCUAAUAUCGAUACUCGAACUGACGAAAUGAUUCAACACACCAUAAGAACGAAAUUCGCGGAAUGUACAGUGAUAACAAUUGCCCACCGACUGAACACAAUAAUCGACAGUGAUCGAGUGGUGGUGAUGGAGGGAGGGCGUAUGGUGGAAUGCGCGAGCCCCUACCAGCUCCUCACCCAAAAGCCCCCGAGUCAAUUCGCGAAAAUGGUGAAUGAAACGGGCAGUGAAAUGGCGAAUAAACUCCUGGAGAUGGCAUCUGCGUGCUACCACCAACGAGGUGCCCCAUUCACCCAGAGAAAUCGACGUCCCAGCGACGCUGAUACCAUACAUAUGUAACCAGAGCUGGAUAAUAUAUUGUAAUGAUUUGAGGUACAGAACAGCGGGGCAAAAUGGACACUUGACAUUUCGUUUAAAUAUCCAGACUCAUCACGAAGAGGAAAAAUUAUCCCAUUUCAUCAACUGUUGAAUGAAUUUAAUAUUUCAAAAGACAUUUUAAAAAAAUCAAAAGUCCCAUAUUGCCCCACUCUCUGCUAUUUCAAAAUGGAGAUAGAAGUUUAACUCUUCGCGUACGGGGCCUUUCUGUUACGAAGUCUGCGGUGCGAUUCGAUGAAUUCUGAUGCAUGAAAAAUUAUAAAACGCCUUAAAAAUAUAAGCUACACUAUCCAGCUUUCGGGUCCAUGUCUCAAAAACCUCGUCAAAAAAACUUCCCAACUAAAAAAAACGAAACAAAAAAAACUUCAGCAAUUUAAAACUUAAAAAACUUGAAAAAAACAUUCAAAAACUUAGGAAAUAAUGCAAAAAAAACCCACAAAAAUAGGGCACUAAUAACACUUUGAUGAAUACCCACGGACAAAAAUAAGAAAAUGGAGAAAAAAAUAACUGCAAGAUUAAGUUUCCAACGUCGUAUCCACGAUAAAAACCAUUGACACUUGAUAACCAGUGAUUUGACACAAAUUCAUAUCGUGAAGAAUAAAUAACACAACUCUUUACAUCCACAACACAACAAAAUAGAAAAAAAAUCAGUCAUUUAAAGCACAACAUUCGAAGCAAUCCCUCUCAAAUAAUCCAGAGUAGUAAACACCCGAAUCAACACACCCGAAUCACAAACACAAACACAUAUUUGACCUGUAUUCUUACGCCAGACAAGAAAACUGAAAGGUUUUAUUGACAGAAGUUCAAAUAGACAGUAGUUGAAUUAACCACAAGUUCACUUGUCCAAAGUUCAUUUAACCAAGUUUUUUUGACGAAGUUUUUGAGACGUGCUCCCCAGCUUUCGAAUGGCGUUAGUGGAAUUGGAUUAUCUGUCACAGUUUUAGAAUCUCAACGAAAACUGAAAGGAUACUAAAUAAUAAAAGCAGAAAGAGACGAGACGAAAGCCAGAAUAGAAGAAGUUUUGUUCCAAAAAAACGAAAAAUUGAAAAUUAAUGCAAAUGACAUUCGUAACAAUAUCGUAAGGAAUAAAUAGAGAUAUGAUUUUGGGGAAUUCAUCUUCUGGUUCAUCUCCAUUGUUGUUAAUUAUCCAUAAUAUAAUGUUGGAGAAUGACUGGUGAACCUAAGUCCAUUAUUUCCUACGAUUGAAAAUGAAAUGACAUUAAUUUUUUCAAUAUGAAUCUCAUUUCCUUCGUUAUGUUUUAGAAAUUAUUAUGAAAUUGUCCCAGUGCUCCUCAAUGACUUCAAAUAACGAAAUUAUUUCCGAAUAUUCGGGUCAACUAUUCAUUUCAAAUGGUAUUCCUUCAUCAAACCAUUCAAAUACUAUUUUAUCUGCCCCAGUCGAUCAAUCUUGAAGUAUGAAUACGUCAAUUAGUCAUACAAAUAGCAUUUGAAGUAAUAAUUCCUGCAGAAACCCGAAUAAUAUCAACUAAAUAAUAUUCAUUAAUUAACAUCAUGUUUAACUGAAUAACAUUCAUCAAUUCUAAAUAAUAUUCAUACAUUUAAAUGAAAAAAAAAACGACUCUCAAAUGCUGAAACGAAAUUAUUUCAUAAAAUUUCGAUCUAGUAUAUAAAUAUUAUUCAAUUCGUCACAUCUAAUGAAUUUUGAGAAAUAAGAAUUAUCCAUGAAUAUGUCAAUAGUAGUUGAACUAGAAUCUUACCCACUUCCGAGUAUAACUGCUGAUCGUGUAAACCACCUGUAAAUGUCCUAGAUAAGUUCCUGUACUUGACGAAUUGGUGAAUUAAAAUUAAUGAAGAAUGAUUGUCGAGGUAAAAAUAAACCCAUUUAUAUUCCACUCAAUGAUUCAGAUGGGAUAAUACAAUUGCCUGUGAACUGAAUCCUCUGCAGCCGAAUGCCAGUCCCUCAAUUUUCAUUUUUUAAAUAUAUCAGUUAUUCAUCUGUGCUACAUGAACGCGUGAUCAUCAUCUGGACUCAGUGAUCUCUCCGCACUCUGCUGCAUCACGAAAACACUUUGUGUCUUACUUAUUGUCGUCACCUGAAAUUAAUAAUAAAAUAAUAUUUCAUUGAA